GGUUUCUACACCAACUUAAAAUCUGCCUAGGAGGAGAAGUGGGAAGGUUUGGUCCAUAUACAAUAAUGUCAGAUAGACAAAAGGUAUGUGCUUGCAUCUUAUGUCAUUGUUCCUAUAUGGUUGUUUUGUGCUAGAUAGUAGCUUAGCUAGUUUAAUUGUGUGUCCCAGGGCCUACUAAAUGCAGUGAAUGCUGUCUUUCCUAAGUGCAACCAAAGGUUCUGCCUUAGGCAUAUCUAUGCAAACUUCCAAAAUGCUGGGUUUAGGGGGGGAAGAUCUGAAAAAGUGUAUGGAUAAUGCUGCCUAUGCAUAUAGUGAACACAAAUUUAACAUUGCAAUGAAUGACCUUAGAGCUGAGUGUGAGCAAGCUUGGGAGUGGCUUUGUCAAAUACCCAAGAAAACAUGGGCAAGGCAUGCAUUUGACACAAACUGCAAGACUGACCUUGUAGUUAACAAUUUAUCUGAGGUGUUCAACAAGUAUGUCCUAGAUGUUAGGAAGAAACCAAUUAGGACAAUGUGUGAUGGAAUAAAGGAUAAGCAGAUGGUGAGGUGGCAUAGGAAUAGGGAGAGUGGAAAGAAAGCUAGAUGGGACAUAACACCCCAUUAUAGUGAGAAGCUAGAGGUUGAGAAGGAGAGGGCCAAAUAUUGCAAACCAAUUCAAGCUGGUGUGGACUUGUGGCAAGUUACAAGUGGGCAGCAAACCCAUGUUGUUAACUUGCAAAUGCACACAUGUGGGUGCAGAAAAUGGGACCUAAGUGGCAUCCCAUGUAACCAUGCCAUCUCAGCAAUAAACAAGGCCAAAAGAAAACCAGAGGAUUAUGUCAGCAAGUUUUUCAAGAAAGAAAUUUAUCUGGCAGCUUAUGAACCAAUGAUCUAUCCAGUUCCUGGUGAGCAUGACUGGACAAGGACCCCUGGUCCAGACAUUGACCCACCUGCAUUUAAAGUGAAGAGAGGAAGAAAGAAAGAGAAGAGGAUCAAGGGGAAAUUUGAAGUUCCAAAGCCUAAGGAGACAUCAAGAAUGGGGACUAUAACAUGUGGCAAUUGUGGACUGCAAGGACAUAGGUACACAAGCUGCAACAAGCAGUUGAAGCCUGAGCUGGCUUUGAGGAAGAACAAACAUGUGCCUCUUGCAAGGAAUUCCAAUGCUGGUGCUGCUGCUACUACACAAGCAUCAACAACUUCUCAUCCAACUCCUACAACAACACCAACAGCUGGAACAAGAGCUGGGAGAGGAGUUGGGAGAGGAGCUGGGAGAGGGGCUGUAGCUGCUGGGAGUGGUGCUGGUAGAGGUGCUGGUAGAGGUGCUGCACCAGGUGCUGGGAGAGGUGCUGGGAGAGGGAGAGGUACAUUCUCUGCCCCAAGGCAAUCUGGUCCCUCCACAUUUACUGCUCCCUCUACAUCUACUGCUACUCCACCUUCUGGUGGUAGAAACAGAGGAUGGAGAGCCUACUUCUAUGCAAGUGGUAACCACUAA